UUUGAUCAGGUUUGGAGUUUACUUGAUCUCCUUGGAUCUUUAAAACAGAGUUUUUUGUUGCGGCGACACGUUUAUUGGUUUAUUUUUUUCUCUGCUCGCUGUCCUCUUUUCCUGACGCACCAAUUUAGCGCAUUUCCCAGCAGAGAUCACUGCGAGACCGCAGGUCGGGAGGAUGACCGCGCGAGUGUACUGCUCGUUGAUGGCUGUUUUAUCAUGUCUGUCUGGAAACUUGAUCAUAACAGAUGCCACAUUCAGCUUCCCAACAAUGGUGUUCGGUUUCUGUCCGAUGAAGCUGACGGUCGCGCCGUCUCGUCGAGGAUGUUUCUUUGAUGGAGAUUGCCCUGGAGGAGAAAAAUGCUGUAUAUUUGAGUCGGGGUCUGCGUGUGUGCCACCUGUUUCCAUGACCUUCCCAAAAAUUGUGGCCGGGUUCUGUCCGACAAAGCUGACUGUUGUGCCAUCCCGUCGAGGGUGUUUUUCUGAUGGAGACUGCUUUGGAGGAGACAAAUGCUGUAUAUUUGAGUCAGGGCCUGCAUGUGUGCCACCUGUUUCCAUGGAUAGAAUUAUUCAGGAGUCAUUGAUGAAGCCAGGACUGUGUCCACCCCCAACCUUUGAAAGAAGAUCGUGUACCUCAUUCUGUAAUGGUGACUCUGACUGUCCCAACAAUGAGAAGUGCUGCAGCAAUGGAUGUGGUCGUUACUGUACGGCUCCAUAUGCAGUGAAACCAGGUCAAUGUCCCAAACCGAAGGACACUCCAGAAUGUGCUGAAAGCUGUUUCCAUGAUGGCCAGUGUCCUGACUCGCAGAAAUGUUGCCCAACUACCUGUGGCUAUGCAUGUAGUGAAGCAAAUGAUCAAGAAAGUGGUCAGGGAAGUGUUCAUGUAAGUGUUAAGGCAGGUGGAAAUGGAAGGGGUUAUGUAAGUAUUCAGACAAGUAAUCGUGGAAGUAGUUCUGGAAGUAGUUCUGGAUUUGGUUCUGGAAGUAGUUCUGGAACUGGUUCUGGAAGUGGUCAGGCUCAGGGAAGUAGUUCUGGUAGUGUAAGUGGUUCUGGAAGUGGUCAGGCUCAGGGAAGUGGUUCUGGAAGUGUAAGUGGUUCUGGGAGUGGGAGUAGUUCUGGAACUGGUUCUGGGAGUGGAAGUAGUUCUGGAACUGGUUCUGGGAGUGGAAGUAGUUCUGGAAGUGGUCAGAUUCAAGGGAGUAGUUCUGGAAGCAGUUAUGGAACUGGAAGUGCAGGUGGUUCUGGAAGUGGAAGUAGUUCUGGAAGUGGUCAGGCUCAGGGAAGUAGUUCUGGAAGUGGUUAUGGAACUGGAAGUAGUUCUGGAAGCGGUCAGGCUCAGGGAAGUAGUUCUGGAAGUGGGAGUAGUUUUGGAAGUGUGAGUAGUUCUGGAAGUGGUUAUGGAGCUGGAAGUGCAAGUAGUUCUGGAAGUGGUUCUGGAAGUGGAACUAGUUCCGGAAGUGGUUCUGGAACUGGAAGUGCAAGUAGUUCUGGAACUGGUUCUGGAAGUGGUCAGGCUCAGGGAAGUAGUUCUGGAAGUGGGAGUAGUUUUGGAAGUGGUUAUGUAACUGGAAUUGCAAGUAGUUCUGGAACUGGUUCUGGAAGUGGAAGUAGUUCUGGAAGUGGUCAUGGAACAGGAACUGGAAGUAGUUCUGGAAGUGGUUAUGGAACUGGAAGUGGUUAUGGAACUGGAAGUGCAAGUAGUUCUGGAAGUGGUUCUGGAAGUGGAACUAGUUCCGGAAGUGGUUAUGGAACUGGAAGUGCAAGUAGUUCUGGAACAGGUUCUGGAAGUGGAAGUAGUUCCGGAAGUGGUCAGGCUCAGGGAAGUAGUUCUGGAACUGGGAGUAGUUAUGGAAGUGUGAGUAGUUCUGGAAGUGGUUCUGGAACUGGAAGUGCAAGUAGUUCUGGAAGUGGUUCUGGAACUGGAAGUGCAAGUAGUUCUGGAAGUGGUUAUGGAAGUGGAAGUGCAAGUAGUAUUGGAAGUGGUUCUGGAAGUGGAACUAGUUCCGGAAGUGGUUAUGGAACUGGAAGUGGAAGUAGUUCUGGAAGUGGUCAGGCUCAGGGGAGUAGUUCUGGAAGUGGGAGUAGUUAUGGAAGUGUGAGUAGUUCUGGAAGUGGUUCUGGAACUGGAAGUGCAAGUAGUUCUGGAAGUGGUUCUGGAACUGGAAGUGCAAGUAGUUCUGGAAGUGGUUAUGGAAGUGGAAGUGCAAGUAGUAUUGGAAGUGGUUCUGGAAGUGGAACUAGUUCCGGAAGUGGUUAUGGAACUGGAAGUGGAAGUAGUUCUGGAAGUGGUCAGGCUCAGGGGAGUAGUUCUGGAAGUGGGAGUAGUUAUGGAAGUGUGAGUAGUUCUGGAAGUGGUUAUGGAACUGGAAGUGCAAGUAGUUCUGGAACAGGUUCUGGAAGUGGAAGUAGUUCUGGAAGUGGUCAGGCUCAGGGAAGUAGUUCUGGAAGUGGGAGUAGUUCUGGAAGUGGUUAUGGAACUGGAAGUGCAAGUAGUUCUGGAACUGGUUCUGGAAUGGGAAGUAGUUCUGGAACGGGUUCUGGAAGUGGAAGUGGUUCUGGAAGUGGAAGUAGUUCUGGAAGUGGUCAGGCUCAGGGGAGUAGUUCUGGAAGUGGGAGUAGUUAUGGAAGUGUGAGUAGUUCUGGAAGUGGUUAUGGAACUGGAAGUGCAAGUAGUUCUGGAACUGGUUCUGGAAUGGGAAGUAGUUCUGGAACUGGUUCUGGAAGUGGUUCUGGAAGUGGAAGUAGUUCUGGAAGUGGUCAGGGUCAGGGAAGUAGUUCUGGAAGUGGGAGUAAUUAUGGAAGUGUGAGCAGUUCUGGAAGUGGUUAUGGAACUGGAAGUGGAAGUAGUUCUGGAACUGGUUUUGGAAGUGGAAGUAGUUCAGGAAGUGGUCAGGCUCAGGGAAGUAGUCCUGGAAGUGGUUCAGGAACUGGAAGUGGAAGUAGUUCUGGAAGUGGUUCAGGAACUGGAAGUGGAAGUAGUUCUUCAAGUGGUCAGGCUCAGGGAAGUAGUUCUGGAAGUGUGAGUAGUUAUGGAAGUGUGAGUAGUUCUGGAAGUGGUCAUGGAACUGGAAGUGCAAGUAGUUCUGGAACAGGUUCUGGAAGUGGAAGUAGUUCUGGAAUUGGUCAGGCUCAGGGAAGUAGUUCUGGAAGUGGUUCUGGAAGUGGAAGUAGUUCUGGAAUUGGUCAGGCUCAGGGAAGUAGUUCUGGAAGUGGUUCUGGAACUGGAAGUAGUUCUGGAAGUGGUCAGGCUCAGGGAAGUAGUUCUGGAAGUGGGAGUAGUUAUGGAAGUGUGAGUAGUUCUGGAAGUGGUUAUGGAACUGGAAGUGCAAGUAGUUCUGGAACAGGUUCUGGAAGUGGAAGUAGUUCUGGAAGUGGUCAGGCUCAGGGAAGUAGUUCCGGAAGUGGUUAUGGAACUGGAAGUAGUUCUGGAAGUGGUCAGGUUCAGGAGAGUAGUUCUGGAAAUGGUUCUGGAAGUGUGAGUAGUUCUGGAAGUGGAACUAGUUCCGGAAGUGGUCAGGCUCAAGAACGUAGUUCUGGAAGUAGUUCUGGAACUGGAAAUGCAAGUAGUUCUGGAACUGGUUCUGGAAGUGGAACUAGUUAUGGAAGUGGCCAGGCUCAGGGAAGUAGUUCUGGAAUUGGAAGUGGUUCAGGAAGUGGAAGCAAUCAGGUUCAAGGAAGUAGUUCUGGAAGUGGAAGUAGCUAUGGAAGUGGCAGCAGUCAGGCUCAGGGAAGUGGUUCUGGAAGUGGAACUAGUCAUGGAAGUGGAAGCAGUCAGGCUCAGGGAAGUGGUUCUGGAGGUGGAAGCAGUCAGGCUCAGGGAAGUGGUUCUGGAAGUGGAAGUAGUUAUGGAAGUGGCAGCAGUCAAGCUCAGGGAAGUAGUUCUGGAAGUGGAACUAGUCAUGGAAGUGGAAGCAGUCAGGCCCAGAGAAGUGGUUCUGGAAGUGGAAGCAGUCAGGCUCAGGGAAGUGGUUCUGGUCAUGGAAGUGAAGGUAGUCAGGUUCAGGGAAGUGGUUCUGGAGGUGGAACUAGUUAUGGGAGCAGUAAUUAUGGUAGUCAGGCUCAGGCAAGUGGUUCUGGAAGUGGAACUAGUCAUGGAAGUGAAAGCAGUCAGGCUCAGGGAAGUGGUUCUGGAAGUGGAAGCAGUCAGGCUCAGGGAAGUGGUUCUGGAAGUGUUAGUGGUCAGGCUCAGGGAAGUAGUUCUGAAAGUGGUUAUGGAAGUCGAAGUAGUCAUGGAAGUGAAGGCAGUCAGGCUCAGGGAAGUGGUUCUGGAGGUAGAACUAGUUAUGGGAGUGGAAAUAAUUACGGAAGCAGUCAGGCUCAGGCAAGUGGUUCUGGAAGUGGAACUGGUUAUGAAAGUGGAAGAAAUAAUGGACAUGGAAGCAAUCAGGUUCAAGGAAGUAGUUCUGAAAGUGGUUAUGGAAGUGGAAUUAGUCAUGGAAGUGGAAGCAGUCAGGCUCAGGGAAGUGGUUCUAGAGGUGGAAGUGGUUAUGGAAGUGGAAGUAGUUCUGGAACUAGUUAUGGAAGUGGAAGUAGUCAUGGAAGUGGAAGCAGUCAGGCUCAGGGAACUGGUUCUGGAAGUGUUAGUGGUCAGGCUCAGGGAAGUAGUUCUGAAAGUGGUUCUGGAAGUGGAAAUAAUUAUGGAAGUGGAAGUAAUUAUGGAAGCGGUCAGGCUCAGGCAAGUGGUUCUGGAAGUGGAACUGGUUAUGAAAGUGGAAGUAAUAAUGGACAUGGAAGCAGUCAGGUUCAAGGAGGUAGCUCUGAAAGUGGUUCUGGAAGUGGAAGUAAUUAUGGAAGCGGUCAGGCUCAGGGGAGUAGUUCUGAAACUGAUUCUGGAAGUGGAACGGAUUAUGAAAGUGGAAGUAACUAUGGAAGUGGUCAGGCUCAAGGAAGUAGUUCUGAGACCAGUUCUGGAAGUGGAACUGAUUCUGGAAGCAGUCAGUCUCAGGGAAGUGGUUCUGGAAGUGGAAUUAGUUCUGGAAGCGGUCAGGCUCAGGGAGGUGGUUCUGGAAGUGGAACUGAUUAUGAAAGUGGAAGUAAUUAUGAAAGUGGAGGUGGUCAGGCUCAGGGAAGUGGUUCUGGAAGUGGACGUAACUAUGGAAGUGGAAGGGGUCGAGCUCGGGGAAGUGGUUAUGGAAGGGGUCAGGCUCAGGGAAGUAAUUAUGGAAGUGGAAGUGGUCUUGCGCAGGGAAGUGGUUAUGGAAGGGGAAGCAGUUCUGGAAGUGGUUAUAGACAUAGUUCUGGAAGUGAUCAGGGAAGUGGUCAAGCUCAGGGAAGUAAUUAUGGAAGUGGAAGCGAUCCGGGAAGUGGUUAUGGAAGUGAGAGCAGUUCUGGAAAUGGUUAUAGACAUAGUUCUGGAAGUGAUCAGGGAAGUGGUCAAGCUCAGGGAAGUAGUUAUGGAAGUGGAAGUGAUCAGGGAAGUAGUUAUGCAAGUGGUCAUGGAAGCGGUCAAUAUCAGGGAAGUAGUGAUGAAAGUGGAAGACGUUAUGGAAGUGAUCAGGGAAGUAGCUACAGAAGUGGAAAUAGUUAUGAAACUUAUGGAAAUCGACAUGAUCAGGGAAGUGGUCAUGGAAGCAGUCAACAUCAGGGAAGUAGUUAUGGAAGUGGUCAUGGAAGCGGUCAACGUCAGGGAAGCAAUAAGGGAAGUGGUCAUGGAAGCAGACAAGCUCAGGGAAGUGAUUAGGGAAAUUGGCAGGGAUGUGGUCAUUGAAAUGGGCACUUUGCAUAACCCUUACUUGAUAUUGUUUUCAUUUGUUUUCCUGUUUGCUUAGUUUCCCCAUCAAAUAAAAAAAAAUAUUUAAAGUUU